GCAUAAUAUUCCAGAUUAUGCUGAGGGAAUUGAUGAAAUCUAAAGGAAAUAGCCUUAUGGCUAUUGAAGUAGUCGAGGAAGAGAGAUUUGAGGAUGCCCCUUAUGGGGCUGGAUCGUGUUCGACUGGAAUCGUGCCAAUUCCUGGAAGCUUUGUGUGUGGGUCGCCGGCUCCGGCGAGUUCUGAGAUCGACGGUGAGCUCGUUUGUGCGAGAGGGAGGGGGGAUUGUUUGAACGAGCCGCGGCUGGGACCUGCGGCUGUCCUUGCACCGUUGAUCUCAGGAUGGGUGGUGCACGCGAAAGCGGCUUCUAAAAAUACGCGUCUCAGGUUAGGUAAUAGCGAUGAGGAGGAGGUUGCGGAUUUUUACGGGCAGUUGUGGGUUGUCCCAUCCCCCCGCCGCCACCCUCGUCCUCAUAUACCACAUCACCAGCCUCCUAACCCUAAAUUCGCCAUUCCCAAGCUCUUCUGGGUGAGGAAGGAUAUGUUCCAAUCCAAAUCCUUCACCAUCGAGGAUUGCUUCCCAGUUCCUCAUCCUGGUCUUGACCCUACCCCUACCAAAUUUCAGAUAACAGUGCCUGGUUUUUUGCUGGGGAGUAGAUCAUUUGCUGAGGUAGUGAGAGAUAUGGAGAAUCAGGGACAAGGUAACCGGAAUUGCCGGCCUCCGGCAGCAAAGAAGGCGGCACCAACUCAGGAAGGAAGAUCUGCGGGUCCUCCUCAGGUGAUCCCAGUCCAGCACGGAGGAAACAAGACGGGUGGAGGGGGGAAACAAGCUCCAGCCCCUGCCCCAGCCCCAGCCCCGGCCCCGAUCCCUCAGGCCCCUCAACCUGCCCCUUUGGUUCAACCUCUAGAUCCAAGGUAUAAGGAGAUGACUUGCUUCAAUUGUGGCUGGCCUGGAGACUAUGUUGGCAAUUGUAUCGAAGCCAAGAAAUGUUUUAUAUGAAGUGGAAACCACAAUGUGAACAAUUGUGCGGCCUGGGUUCGUCCACAGCAUACAGCCACCUAUUUUGGUAGUGCUGCUGCUGGCUUGGGAUUUUAUCAUGUGGAUGUUCCUCUGGCAAGUGAAUCUAGCUGCUUGAAUUACAAAAAUUGUGCAGUUCUGAAAGUGGUUAAAGGAGAAGUUUCUACUUCUGAGUUGCUGGUGCAGUUGAAUGGAAUAUUUUGCAAAACAAAAGAGUAGCCUUGGCAGAUCAGAGAACUGGAGGAGAAGAAAUUCUUAUACAUAUUUCAACCCUGGAAGAAUGUGGAUAAUCUGAUUGAAUUUCUAGCGUUCAACCUACCUAUCGAUGGUGUUUCUAUUAAGAUUUGUGAAUGGGAAGGAAUGUUGGAUGAGUUUGGAGAACUAAAAGAAGCUUGGGUGGUUGUUGAUGGAAUUUCCCCAAAAUGGUGUGCUUGGAAGGUCUUUGCACAGGUUGCUGGAUAUUUUGGAAUCCUUGUGGAUGUUGAUUGGAAUGGCAUUUUCAAAAGCUUCUAUGAAACUAUCAGAAUCAAGAUUGCUUGCAGAGAUCCCUGCAAAAUCCCAUUUGAGAGACUGGUGGAGAUGAAGAAAAUGAUCUACCUGCUAUUUUUCACUGUGGAAGGAUUUGAACAAGUUGGAGAAGAAUCAGAUGGAAAUGAUGAUGAUCCAGGACAAGAUAAUGAAGAUGGAAAGAAAGAAAAACUGGAUGAUGACCUGACUGAUAAUGACAACAUGGAAGAUCAUGCAGGGGAACCUUUUGAUGGACUGGACAGAGCUAACUUCACACCAAAAGAGAACCCCAGCUCUAAGACAAACAAGCAAGUACAACAGAUCUCUGUGUCUGCAGAAGAAUUUCACUCAAAGAUUAUGAUUGAUGAGGCCCAUGACAACUUUCUGGAGGAAAUCAGUAAAAGUGGAUAUAGAGAGAACAAACAGGUUGAGGACAAGCCAGGGUUCGGCACCCCAUGCUCAUAUCACCUGCUGCCUGAGGAUACUGAGGAAAUUCAUAUCUCUGCACAUCUGGAGUAUUAUUUUGAACAACUCAAUAAAUUUGACAUGGAGGAGACAGAUGGAGAGGAAGAAGAUAUGGAAACUAAACUGCAAUGCCUCCCUGAAGAUUUGGCUAUGGCUAUUGGCUCUGUGAAGAGAUCAUUAAUUGAAUCUAUGGACAAUGCAGAAUCAGAAAAGAAGAAGAAACUCAACACUGAAACCAAAACUGCUUGGGGCCCAGUUCUGACUAAUAGGCUUAAAACCAGAGGUCAUGUAAAUGUGAAGAUCAUGGACAAGGCAAAUGCUUACUUGCUGAAGAAGAACCUGGAAGUUCCUACUACUUUCAAAGGGGCGUACCUGGAGAGAUGCCAGAUGUGUCCUAUCAAAACUAAGCUUAUAUCUGCUGCAAUGGAAAGUUCUCUGCGACGACACUCAGGCAAAGCUGUUGCAGCGAUGCAUUCGCCUGCUGGACAGACGCCAUGGAGAACUGCUGAGGAUUGCGUGGAUGUGAGCGUGGAGAACAGGAAGAUGGAGCCUAACCUGAAGCCUAACUUCUAGUUUAAUCUCAGAUUCCUGUUUCUUGGGGAUGUAAUAAGUAGCUCCUUUAGAACUCUGCAUUGGGGUGCUGUGUCCCCCCUGGAGAGAUGCUUUUCUUUUUUAGUAAGACUGUU